AUGGAUGUCGUCAAAGCGGUCGAAACCUAUAUCACGAAGCUCGUCUCCGAGCCUUCGUCCAUGAAGGUAUUACUCCUGGAUGCACAUACAACACCCAUUGUCUCCCUCGCCUCCACACAGUCUAUACUUCUUGCGCACCAGGUCUACCUCACUGACAAGAUCGACAACACGAAGCGGGACCGCAUGCCGCACAUGAAAUGCGUCUGUUUCCUCCAGGCAAGCGAGGAAAGUCUGGAGGCCCUCGAAGCUGAGCUGCGCGAGCCCAAGUACGGCGACUACUACCUCUAUUUCAGCAACAUCCUGAGCAAGACCGCGAUAGAGCGGCUUGCGGACGUGGACGAGCACGAGGUCGUGCGGGAGGUGCAGGAAUACUUUGCAGACUAUGCGCCGAUACUACCGUGCCUCUUCUCGCUCAACCACACGCCCACAGCCGCGCACCCGCUGUAUGGGUCCUCGCCGAACGCGUGGGACCCGCGAGCGCUCGAGCGCGCCGUGCAGGGUGUGACGGCCGUACUGCUGAGCUUGAAAAAGAAGCCGGUGAUCAGAUACGAGAAGUCGAGCUCGAUGGCGAAGAAGCUCGGUGUGGAGAUCCAACAUCGUAUUCAAUCGGAAGCCUCCCUGUUUGAUUUCAGGCUAACGCAAGUACCGCCAUUACUACUCAUCCUGGACCGGCGCAACGACCCUGUCACCCCACUACUCUCGCAAUGGACAUACCAGGCGCUCGUACACGAGCUCCUCGGUAUCCAAAACGGCCGCGUCGAUCUCAGCCUUGUGCCCGACAUCCGACCAGAGCUGAAGGCACUCACACUAACAACGUCGACAGAUCCAUUCUUCCAGGCGCACCACCUCGCGACGUUCGGCGACCUGGGCACAGCCCUGAAGGCGUACGUGCAAUCGUACCAGUCGCACUCGCUUGCGCACAACCCCGAGUCGAUCAACUCGAUUACCGACAUGAAGCGCUUCAUCGAGGAAUAUCCAGAGUUCCGCAAGCUCGGCGGUAAUGUCAGCAAGCACGUUGCGAUCGUCGGCGAGCUGAGCAGGCUCGUUGAGCGCGAUAAGUUGCUGGAUAUCGGUGAGGUCGAGCAGGGUCUCGCCACGGGGUCUGGGGCGGAUUUCAGGAGUGUGCAAGCACUGAUCACGAACCCGGCUGUUCAACCGUGGAACAAGCUGCGUCUCGUAAUCUUGUACGCGCUACGGUACCAGAAAACGCAUGCCAAUAACGUUGCGUUGUUGAUCAACCUCAUGUUGGAAAACGGUGUCCAGCGAGAAAAUGCAAGACUAGUCUAUGUCUUUCUGAAUAUUGCAGGCUCCGACCAGCGUCAAGACGAUCUGUUCUCUGCGGAAUCGUUGAUAGCGAAGGGUCGUUCGGCGCUCAAGGGCCUCAAGGGUGUCGAAAACGUGUACAUGCAGCACACGCCGCAGCUCGCGCAAACAAUUGAAAAUCUCACUAAGGGUCGCCUCAGAGAUACAACACAUCCAUUCCUGGAUGGAGCCGGCCCAAAUGCUAGCUUGCAACGACCACAGGAUGUGAUAAUAUUCAUGGUAGGCGGGACAACCUACGAAGAGGCUCGCACCGUUGCGCUGCUCAAUCAGGAGUCGGCUUCAGUGGGUGGACAGAGCAGCGCUUAUGGUAUGCGCCUGCUCCUCGGAGGCACAUGCGUGCACAAUUCGUCUAGUUUUGUGGAGAUGGUGCGCUCUGCAGCUGCCUCAUUCCCUGCCUCUGUGUACGAACCGCCACCGGGGUCAUCGAGCACAAUGCCGUCUCUCAACCUCAACCUCGGUGGUGUGAACGUCAGCUUGGGCGGACCGAGUGGUUCUGGUGUCUAUAGGACAAGCUCUGAGGGCGUCAGCGUGCAGACAGAGGGCAUCAGAGAUGGGGUGAAGAACUUGUUUGGGAAGGUACGGCAAGGGGUAGAUCGGAUAGCGUCGACAUCAUAG